CCACUUCCGCCCAACCUUUCACGCUAUCUCUCAUUCAGUCGUCUUUUUUUGGUCGACGGCAUGGUGCUAAGCAGCCACGGCAGAAACAACAAAAUCCAUCGACAAUCCCGUUUGAAUUUGGAUAUCUCCAGAGAAAUAGUUGACUCGGUUCAAUUUCUCAAGUGAAUGUCAGCUAUUCCGUAUUGAGCGACACCGGUAGAAGGCCGUUUGGCUUGCCCAUUCUUCCCCAAGGUUAGCUAGCUCGCUGGCUAACGAUAGCCGAUUAAGCGCUAUCGCAAAAUUAGCUGAUCUGAAAAAAAAGGAAAACAGUCACCCAGGAGUCCGCUGUCACUUACUACUACGCCGUUGGCUUGUAGGUAUUUGUCAAAAGAGUAGAAGGCUAUCAUGGCGGAGGCCGACAAACUGAACAUCGAUUCCAUCAUUCAGCGUCUGCUGGAAGUGAAAGGCUCCAGACCUGGUAAAAACGUCCAGCUGACAGAGAAUGAAAUCCGGGGUCUUUGCCUCAAAUCCAGGGAGAUCUUCCUCAGCCAGCCAAUCCUGCUUGAACUCGAGGCGCCUCUCAAGAUUUGUGGGGAUGUUCACGGGCAGUACUAUGACCUGCUGAGGCUUUUCGAAUACGGCGGCUUCCCACCGGAGAGCAACUACCUGUUCCUGGGAGACUAUGUGGACCGAGGCAAGCAGUCGCUUGAGACCAUCUGCCUGUUGUUGGCGUACAAGAUCAAAUACCCAGAAAACUUCUUUCUGCUGAGGGGAAACCACGAGUGUGCCUCCAUUAACAGGAUAUAUGGCUUCUAUGAUGAGUGUAAGAGACGGUACAACAUAAAGCUGUGGAAGACCUUCACUGACUGUUUCAACUGUUUGCCCGUCGCCGCCAUUGUUGACGAGAAGAUCUUCUGUUGCCAUGGAGGACUGUCUCCGGAUCUGCAGUCCAUGGAGCAGGUGCGAAGGGUCAUGCGCCCCACCGACGUGCCCGACCAAGGUCUCCUAUGCGACCUAUUGUGGGCCGACCCCGACAAGGACGUGUUGGGCUGGGGCGAGAACGACCGUGGCGUCUCCUUCACCUUCGGCGCCGACGUGGUCACCAAGUUCCUCCACAAGCACGACAUGGACCUCAUCUGCCGAGCCCAUCAGGUGGUCGAGGACGGCUACGAGUUCUUUGCCAAGAGGCAGCUGGUCACGCUGUUUUCCGCCCCCAACUACUGCGGGGAGUUUGACAAUGCCGGAGCCAUGAUGAGUGUGGACGAGACCCUCAUGUGCUCGUUCCAGAUUCUCAAGCCCGCAGACAAGAAGCUGUUCUACGGCGGGGGCGGGGGCAUGGGCUCCGGACGCCCCGUCACCCCCCCGAGGAAAGCUAAGAAAUGACCACGGUAGCGGGCCCUUGACCUUUGUCCCCUUCUUUCCUGCCCUCUCUACCUCUCCUUUCUUUCACCAAACAGCCAGAAAUCAAACCUUUACCCAGGGCUCCCCCCCCCCUCCACUUUUUUUUACCUGUACUUCUUAAAACAUUUUAUGUUACAAAUUGUCUGAACGAGUGACGCCCCCUGUGCCAGUGAAUGUUAAAAUGCUGGGCAAGUUGUGCGCGUGGUGUGAGAGUAUUAGAGAUUUCUAACCCCUCCCCCCUCUCUCUCCUGCCAUUUUCCUGUGGAAAGGUUGAAACCACAGAGUGGGUCUGUACAUCGAUUUGACUGAAAAUUGGCAGCAGACCCCUGCCAGCAGCUGGCAUGUGUGUCCUCAUGGAGGGGGGGUAUUUUGUUUUCCCUGUCCUGCCGUACUGUAAAAUUUCCACGUGUGUGCGUGUGAGCACGCACGUAGCCCAUGCGCACACACUUCCACAACUUUUCAGAUUCAUAUGAGCCAGAGCUGUAAAAAAAGAGGAAAAAAACAUACAGUUUAGGUUUGUACAGAUUUGAUUACUUGAGAUUUUUUUGUGAAUUCGUUUUGUAGUCUUUCAUCAAGUUGACCAAUAAAGCGAGAAUCUGAGUUA